GCUAGUAUUUACAACUGUUAAACCUUGGUUGUGGUAUAUCUGGCAAUUUAACAAGGAUAUUUUUAAGUUUAAAAAAGGCGAAAAUUCCCUAUUUUGUUUGUGGUAUAUGAUAAAGACGAGGAAAUUUUUAAGUGUCACAUUUUUCCAGUAACGAGGAAGCUUAGAGGUGCGAGACAGGAAUUUUUUUUUAAAGUCAAGUGUUGUUGUGAAAAUGACAGACCAUAAAGCUGAUCCUGCUUUACUGAAAGACAUAGAAGGUGGCACAAAAUUGAAGCAUGCUGAGACAGAGGAGAAAAACCCAUUACCCAGUGCUGAAGUUAUAUCUCAGGAGAAGACCAAGCAAGCCAUUGAAACGUUUGAUCCUUCCAACUUGAAACACACACAAACAGCAGAGAAAACUGGUUGGAAAGAAGCCAUGAGUCACGACAAAGCGACAGAAGAAUUGGGAAAGUUUGACAAAAGUUCUUUGAAACAUGCAGAGACAGCAGAGAAAAACCCAUUACCAGAUAAAGAAGCCAUAGCAGAAGAGAAAAAAGAAUUGGAGCAUAGAAAAUCUAUAGGAGAAUUCGACAAAUCUCAAUUAAGGCGACAAAACACUGAGGAAAAAAUCGUACUACCGUCCAAAGAAGCAAUUAGUCAAGAGAAACAGGAAGUUGAAUUGCGACAGUCGAUCAAUAAGCAUGACAGAAGUAGCUUAAAGAAAGUAGACAUGUGCGAAAAAGAUGGCCUUAAAGAACUUGUAGCACAAGAGGCCACACAUAAAGGAAUUGAGAAUUUCAGCAAAGAUCAGUUGAAACACGCAGAAACACAGGAGAAAAAUCCACUGCCAACUAAGGAAGAUAUCCAGGCUGAGAAGAAAGCGGGAAAAUAAUACGAGAACUGGAAAUGUGUCUGCUGCUUGUUUCAACACUUCUACUGUGGUCCACAUUUUCUGCCAAAAUAAAAUAACACUUACAAAGACUUUGCCACCAAGUGCCUGAAAGUUGAUUCUAUUUUGUGCUGAUUUCUGUUGCUCUCACUAAAUCUGCUAAUGUUACAGAAUUGAUUACUUGCCACAUAGUAUUGUCGGGCAUUUAAAACGUGUGCUGCACUAGUAUAGGUACUUGCAUAUGUUUUCAACUGUAAAUAUUAUAUUUUUCAUACUUUGGGCUAAAGUGGUUAGGGAUUUGACAAAAUGAUUUUUAUAUAGAUCCUUCGCUUAAAGAUAUUACUUGGGUAGGUAUUUUUGUGCCUACAGAAUUUCCGUUUGCUUACAUAGAGAAAAUAUUGUAGUUUGGUAAAUAUUUGUGAUCAGUUUGUUUACACAGAUAUUCUGUGCAACACAAGUUCAGAUCAGUAAAUAUCAGUCACUGUUUUCUACAAAAUUGUAACGAGAUAUUAAGUCUAAAUUCUUUGAAGUGUGAACGAGAUUUUCAUCAGAAUGUGAAAUUAAGUGACAUAAAAAAAUGGCCAAGCUACCAAACUAUCAAUACAAAAAACAUCUCUUUAUUAUUCAAUCGCUUCAUUUUUGAAUAAACAAUUAAUAUGCAAAAACUUUGUUUAAAAUAGCAAAAAAAAAAAACAAAACAAAAACUAUAAUAGAGCAGUUGCGAAAAGUUUGCAUUUCUUAUGAACAAUAUAGAAAGGGACCACAAAGAAAUCUGGAUCAGCAUUGUACAUAUUAUGAUGUGACCAUAUAUAGCAUUAGGUAUUUUUGUUCUGUAUUGUACACUAGUACAUUAGUUAACACACAUAUGUAUUGUGUAACAUAUACAUCAAGUCAUAAUAAUUGUGUAACAGUUCAUUUAUUGCGAUGUAUUUGAAUAAGUAUAAUUUCUUUGUAGUUUUCUGAAUCUUAUUUUCCUACUGACUCCUGUGCCAGUGUAGCAUCUGGAAUGUUUAAAAGAUGGAAGUGACAUAAACUGUUUCAUUUGACAAACUAGUGUUCGUAAUACUGUUAGAGCGGCCUUUAAUAUUUCGAGAAGUAAAUACCUGAUAUUUUACUGGCAAAGUAAAGGCAGUAGAUCGGCAAGAAGCCCAAUUUAUAUAGUGCUGAAUGCUGGAUCAUUAAUGUCAAAUCUCUUUCCCUGCAGCGUUACGAGAUGGAUUUUUCAGUUCCCAGUAGCCUUAAAUAAUGUCAGAUUUAAGCUGAAAGUUGUCACAUGACCAAAAUGUUUUAAGUUUGAUGAUAAAAGCGGCAAAACAGUUGAAUGAUAAGCCGUGAAAUUGGUAAACUAGGUUCUUUCGAAAUUAACUGUUUCUGGAUUGAUAAAGCAGCUAUUGUAAUGUUCUUUUAAGAAUCCAGGUGUUAUACUGGCAUAUGGUCAUGAUUUAAUCAAUAUAACUUUUAAUUACUGUAAUUUAAAUAGUCUUUAAAUGGAAGUUAGUAUUUUGUCAACUUGAUCUUAAGUACUGUAUUGAAUUUCUGAAUUUUAGUUUUGUAGAUAAAUAUUAUAAGUUUAGUACUCCACAAAAACUAAGAAAAGAUAGAAAUAUUUUUAAAAUGAAAUGCUGAAAAUAUUUAGUAUUAACUGUUCGGGUGACAAAUGAUAUUUCACAUAUGGUACAGAAAAGUAUUAAAAUGAAACUAUAUGCUUAGCCAAUGCGGUGAGCAGGUUUUUUGAAACGGGCAUUUGAGCUCUUCUAUCUCGCUUUUUGUGCUUCUUGUUAUGUGUGUAGGUUUGUGUUUGUAAUUGUUUAAUGCUACAAUAUAAUUGUAAAUCUCUUGUGUAUCGUCAUAAACUUGCAUUGUACAUGAACAAAACAGUAUUUUAAAUAUUUUGUUUAUUUAAACAAAAAAUGAAUUUUUUUUAUGAAUACCUGUACUUGAAGUGUCAACUAUUUCCUUUCUGACUCUCACUUUAAACUUUGCAUCUGGAGAAAAAAAUUGCUGUUUAAGAGAAGGUUCAAGAUAUAUAAAAAAGUUCAUACUUAUUUUCAUACAUAAGUAUUGAAAUCUUUCUGUGGAAACUCUAGAAGAGACUAUUUUUAGAAUUAAGCAGAAUCUUCCAUUAGUUGAGAAGUAACCAGUUAGGUGUGAUCACCAUUCUGAAUCUCAGUUCAUAAGGCAUUGAUCAAAACACAUUGCUAAUGCUGCAAUACUUUAUUAUUGUCAUAUCUAGUCUUACGCUUUUUAGUGCUUUUUUACGUUAUCAUUGUAGUAAAAUUUCCAUAACGCAGAAAAAUUAGUGCUUCCAAAGCAUAUUGCCAUAAUAUUUUGCCAAUAUUUCAUUAAAUUCAUGAUUAGACUUUUUGCUUUUAAUAUUUUUUUUUCUGCUUUCACUUCUGUUCUUUUUUCCAUUUUUGCUCUGUAAGUAGUUUUGAAAAAUUUCAAAUUGUAGUAUUUGGUCUAUUUUUUCAUUAACUAAACCCUAAAAGUCAAACUAAUUUUACAAUUCUUUGACUUGCUGCAGCAUCAUUUUUAAGCUCAAACCCAAAUCAAGGGCGAUUGCUCUUCUUGCCUAUUACAGAAAUAAAUUGGCAAUUCUUGCAUUUUUAUAUUUUGGUGCAAUUGGUUGAAAUUUUGUGACCAACAUUUUAUACACGUUUGUUUACCGUUGUUUAUUUUCUCUCCAAGUUGUUUUUGUUAAACUGAUGACAAGUUACGAUACCACUACAAGAAAAAAUUGCUUGCGUUUUCAAAACUGUGGAAUUGUUAAUGACCACUUUGAUUAUAUAUAUCUAUGCAACUGUUAAAUAAACCAUAUAUAAUUGCUCUUAAAUAAAACUAUUAACAGUA